AAAUAACAGAGAGACAUGCUUGGUGUGCGUUCCAAACUUGCUUGUUCAUAGUAUCAAGUAUCAACUCUCCAAACCCUAAAGUUGUUGCAUGCAUUUUAUCUCUCUUCCAUUUCCAAUUUCAGAACUCUGAACUCUGAGAAAGGCUCUGCCAGAAAACAUGUCGUCUUGGCUGAGAUCUGCGGUCAACAAAGCCGUCGAGGUCGGCAACAAGAACAACCUCACUCGCACCGUCAAGAACUACGCCGACUCCGUCGUUCAACACGCCGGCCAAGCCGUUGCCGAGGGCGCCAAAAUCCUUCAAGAUCGCAUUGCAGCUCGGAAUUAUAGAAGUGUUGCGCUGACAUUAAAAAGAUUGGAAGAAGCUGCUAUCUCCUUUAGAGGACCCGAGAGAGUACAGUUGCUUAGAAGAUGGCUUGUUGUGCUUAAAGAGAUUGAGAAAUUGUCCGCAGCUUCAGCUGAAGGUAAAGAGAAGACUCUUGAAGAGCACCUUGCUGUUGAAGAAACAAAGGAGAACCCAAGCAGACCAUCUCUGGUUCUUUAUUAUGAUUCUGAUGUUGGAGGUGAACCAUUAAGUUUUCGUGAUGUUUUUCUUCGAAGUCAGGCUUUGGAGGGUAUAACAUUAUCAAUGAUUAUUGAAGCUCCUAAUGAUGAAGAGGUUUCCCUUCUCCUGGAGAUGUUUGGGCUUUGCCUUACUGGAGGAAAAGAAGUUCAUAAUGCCAUAGUAAGCAGCUUACAAGAUCUGGCAACGGCUUUUUCACGCUAUCAAGAUGAAGUACUGGUGAAACGGGAAGAAUUGCUUCAGUUUGCACAAGGCGCCAUCACUGGGUUGAAAAUCAAUUCUGAUCGUGCAAGAAUAGAUGCUGAAGCUUCUAGUCUUAAGAGAAAGCUAAUUGAGAUAACAACUACACAGGAGCCUGUAAACAAAGGUGAUUAUAAAGCUGCUGAGGAAACAACAGCAACGCUAGAGGCUUUAAAAGUUGCCCUUGCACAGAUUAGAAUUUGUUCCAGACUGGAAGGAUUAUUGCUAAAGAAAAAAAAUUUAAGCAAUGGAGACUCUCCUGAGGUUCAUGCCCAAAAGGUUGAUAAGCUGAAAGUCUUAACGGAAUCUCUUGCCAACUCUGCUGCAAAAGCUGAAAAGCGUAUUUCAGACAACAGACUACAAAAAGAGGAGGCAUUAAAAGUUCGCGUGACUAAAGGCGAUGAAGCUAGUGAAAAGGAGAAGGAACUGACAGCUGAGAUAUCUGCACUCCAACAGAAAAAAGAUGAUCUUGAAGCUGAAUUGAAAAAGGUUAAUACUUCUUUGGCUGCUGCUCAAGCACGAUUAUGGAAUGUGAGGGAAGAAAGAGAUCAGUUUGAGGAAGCAAACAAUCAGAUUGUUGAACAUCUGAAGAUAAAGGAAGAUGAACUUUCAAAAUCAAUUAGCUCGUGUGGGGUAGAAGCUGAUGUUAUCAAAACUUGGAUUAAUUUUCUGGAAGAUACUUGGGUUCUUCAGUGGUCAAAUGCAGAAAUUCAUGAGAAGCAGAUUAAUGAUGAAUUGGGGAGACAUGAGGACUAUUUUGUGAACUUGGUGAUUCAACUUCUUACUGCUUACCAGAAAGAGUUAGAGCCUUGUGUCAACCAUAUUGGAACAUUUGUUGUGAACCUCAAGAAUUUAAGUCAGAGGUUAGAGAUGACAUCCAGUGCAGAUACUGAGGAUUCAGAAGCAUUAAGUCCAAGGAGAAAUCUUGAGGAGGAAUAUUUGGCCUAUGAAGCUAAGAUUAUUACGACCUUCAGUGUGGUGGAUAACAUGAAAAAGCAGUUUUAUGCUCAACAGGGGAAAAUUUACAGGAAAGAUGAAGAUAGAGUUAAAGAGCUGUUUGAUGCCAUUGAAAAGUUACGAACACAAUUUGAGUCUAUUGAGAGACCAAUUCUUGAAAUAGAGAGCCCGCCUGCAAAGGCUGAAAUACCACCUUCUGAGAAAAAGUCAGAUGGUACACCCUCGCCUUCUGCUCCAGCUCAAGGUACUGAGCUUUCAAAGCCAGAGACAGAUGAACAGCCAAAAUCACCUUCAGUUAAGGCAGAUCAGGUAUUGGACCAUGAAGCCGAAUUAGCUAAACUGGAAUCUGAAUUUGGAAAGGUUAGUCAAGAUUACUCAACAGAGGAAAUUGGUGAUUGGGAAUUUGAUGAGCUUGAAAGAGCAUUGGAAUCUGGUAGUUAAGCCACAAGCAAUUAGGUCAAUCUUUUUUCUGAUACAUGAAUGCUUGCUGUUGUAUUUUCAUAAUGAAGCAAGUAUUAUAUAAAUUUGUAAGCUAAAGGUCGGCUGUUAAUGAAGCUGCAAUUUGGAUCAGAUGCCUUUAAAUCUGUAACAUUAAAGAGCAUGAUUUCUUGAUUCUUCUGUAAAAUAUUGAAUUUGUAACACGCAGACGCACAUAUCAAAUGAUUUGAAAUGAUCAGUAUGGUU